ACACACUUGUGCCAAGAGCACACGGUGGCCACCAAGGCUGUGGUCCAGUUAUGCAGCCCAGAGCCCGUGGGGCUGGUUUGUACUGCCCAGAGCAGUCUGGCACAAAAGCUGCUGCCCAUAGGGGCAAUAACCCUUGUUGCAUCCCCUUGGGGGAGCAGCAUCUUCCUAAGGCCCUUCCUCUGAGGCACUUUCGGCCUGCACAUGCAGCUACCAGCCCCCAGGGGGCGCCCGGCGCCUGCGAGGAAGGAAGGGAACCACCAGCAGGCGCCCUUGGAAGCUGUUCAAGUCGAACGUCAAAACAUGUUUUGGUGGAAGCUUAUGUAACUUUGGUUAAGAAGCGACCUACUUCUGGGGUGCAGCAGCUCCUGGGUGCAGCCUCGAGCCUGCCAUUAUUUGGGCGUUAUUAGGGAGAAUUGUUUUGUUCCGCAUGCACAUUUUUACACUCGCUUUGGCAGCCGGGUUCGGAGCGCUUGCAAGCCUAGAGGAAAAGGCUAACAGCUGUUUUAUUUUCCCGAUCAACAAGAGGACGGGCCGGGGCCGGGUUCGUUUGCUUUGCAUCUCGCCGCUUGAAGGGGGUCUGACUGAAAUAUUGCAAGCUGCAGAAAUCUCGGGGAGGGGUGGGGUGGUAUUGGAAUGCCGGACACUUGCAUGUCGAAUGACGCAAUGUUUUUGCAACAUGCAAAACGACCCUCACCAUCCGUGUAGACACUGUGAAUUGGGGGUAAAAGUUUGGGAGUGAUUAGUAGCGCCGGGGGUCUACACACACCAGCUUCCAGCAGACAACCAGGCUGCUAGCAAAGCCCUUGCAGCGGGGGGUCGGAGCUCUCUGGGGCUUGUGUGUAGUGAAAAUUCUGCACCACGGACUUAACCCUCCCCAUACCCUAUCGACACACUGUUUGCAAAGGGGGAGGAGGCACGGAAAGCGCUGAGCUCCCUGCGCUCGCCCCAGCGUUCAGGGCGGGGACAUGGCAGAGCCGCAGCCUGGCCCCACCUAGCCGCAGCCUGACACCAUGUGACGCCAGCAGGAGCCUCCUAGAUAAAGCGGCGGCGCUCGGACGGCCCCCACUGAUGGUUAGAGCCCGGCUCGCGUUCGUUGUGUGCUCGUCAGGUCCCUGCCCGCCCACCUGCCCUGCGGCCCGCGCCCGGCCCAUGGUCGGCACCGUCAGCCCCCUGCGCGCCCUGCCGAUCCCGAGCAACGAGAGCCCGCUAGCCCUGCGCGCCGCGGCCCUGGCCAUGAGCACCGAGCUCUACCAGUCCGCCAUGGAGGUGGCCGUGUACCAACUGCACAACUUCUCCAUCUCCUUCUUCUCCUCGCUGCUUGGCGGGGACGUGGUCUCCGUCAAGCUGGACAACAGCGCCUCCGGAGCCAGCGUGGUGGCUAUCGACAACAAGAUUGAGCAGGCCAUGGAUCUAGUGAAAACCCACCUGAUGUAUGCUGUGCGGAGGAGGUGGAGAUCCUCAAGAGAGCAGAUAAAAGAACUGGUGGAGAAGAACUCCCAGCUGGAGCGAGAGAACAGCCUCUUGAAAACGCUGGCCAGCCCUAAGCAGGAGAAAUUCCAGUCCUGGCUGCCUGCAGAGGUGCUAUCCGCAGAGGAGCAGGGCGGGGCGGCUGCCCCGGCCCAGCACACCAGGGCUCUGCAGUGUAAGGUGGCUCUGUCUUGGAGUGGCCAGAGCCACUGAACUCUUUCUACUUAA